GGUCAUUCAACCUUCAAGGUUUCACCGGUAUUUCGAAAUCACGAAGGUCUGAGUUGCGCAUUUCGUUUCAUUGAAAUGAACUCUAUCAUCUUUGAUGAUGUUGCGAGUUCCAUAUUUAAGCUGAAAAUGUACCCAUAUUUUGAUAUCGCCAACUAUAUUUUAAUGAGUAUAGCUGUGAAGGAAGACACCCCACAAUCAGGUUCUGUGAGUUUUUCGAGACGUCAUCCAUUUUCGUGCUGGCUCGCUACCAUGUUAAUGUGUUUCGGCGGAGCUAUACUCUCAAACUUCAUCUGUGGAUCGCCUUUGUUUGAGUGUUUUGAUGACACAACAUCAGUGUUAACUGCAACUAUAGUAUGGUAUCUCAUCAAUUAUCUUCCAUUUGACCUUCUUUACCGGCUUUGUAAGGUGCUACCUAUACGCUUGCUGGUUUGCUCACUAAAAGAAGUCCAGAGAGCCAAAAAGAUCUUCAUUGGCGUUCAACACGGGCUUCAUGUGUUCCCCAAUUCUCCUGUGAUGUGCGUUCUCCUAGGUUUAUUAAAAGGUGCGGGCUAUUGUGAGAUGAAACUAAUACAGCGUCUUGUUCGUGGUGUGUGGCUACCAGCGUCUAAUGAAUUUCUCCACCCCACUUUCACAACAAAGAUCUCAUUGCUGGCGGCUAUCGCAUACUACAGUCAUCACUUGGAGUUAAUACCUCUACCGGAAAAUCAAUUAUUCUUGGUCAUAAUGGGUUUAUUUGUUUAUCUUCGAAUUACAAUGAUCCUACUAGGAUUGAAGGACCCAUUUGUACCUUUUGAGAAUGCUGUAUGUAAAAUCAUGUUUGGCGGCACUGUUGACGCUAUUCGCAGUGCUUUUGAACGUAGUCGUAGUAAAACAUCUGAGACUGUGCCACCUAAUCUAUCAAGUGUUAGUGGAACAACCGCUUCGACCGCAACAAUGAAUAUGCCUGGAAGUGCAAACUUUUCUUCAACUGGUGCGGGUACAGGACAGACUAGUCCAGGUUUAGCCAACAGUAAUGCGAACAGUGCAAAUUCACCGGGGAUGAGGGAAGCGGUCAGUCGUCAAACUCCAUCACCAAGUGACAAGAAACGUGACUGAUGCGUGUACCUAAGAUAACUGCUAAUAGAACUACAUUGACCUUAUAUUUUAUUGGUCAAAAUUCAUUGUUUCUCCUUUUAUGGAAACAUUGUAAUGUAUUCCAGAAAUUAUGCCGUAGUUGGCGUAUUAUGUAUAUUAGAAAUGUGUAUCAGUGUCUGUCUGCUUCGUCAUGUGAGAAUCGAUAUUUGCUGAAUAAAAAAUAGACAGUCAGUCUACUUUGAUUAAAAGACACGCUUGUAACUGAUUGAAUAUAUACCUUACGUCAAACUGGUUUUAUGAUUGCUCUUGAAACAAUGCAUGGGAAGGUUGGCUGUUGUGGUGUUUCUAUUGUCUUUUCACCCUGUACUUAAAUUUCUUUAAAUAAAUAAGUUACUAACACUUAAUAAACUUUAGUGAAAAAUCUGUACUUUGCAUUUUAUUUCUUUCCGUCUCCUCUCAUUUCCACUCAAUAGUAUUUUACUCAUAAAUUAGUCUACAUUAGAUUGUUAAAUAUGGAGAUUUUCCCUAUUGUCUUCCUUUUCCAUUGGCUCUAUCUGUCUCCCUCUUAUUUGUCCGUCUAUUGCUCUCUGUUAUAGAUCAUGGCCUUAAAGUAAUGUUAGUUUUAUCCAGUAAAAUGUUUUGCAUCAACCAAAAACAGAUGGGUG